CUGAGGACACAUAGGUUUGCGCGACGGUCCAUGUUAGCGGCUAGACCUUUAUUUACCUGAAUUUUGAAGUUUUUCUUCAUCGAUUUGGUUUUCAUUGGAUUUGAGGAUUACCAGACCAAUGGCGGCAAACAUGAGGCUGCAGUUAACCGUCCGACAUGUCAAACUAGACCGCAAGCUCCUGAAGCCCCAAGUGGAGAGGAGAAGGCGGGAAAGGAUCAAUCUUUGCCUAGACACACUCCGUAAGACGCUGAUGCAGGACCGUGAGAACCAGAAAAGAGCAGAGAAAACAGAGAUUCUGGAACACACUGUUACUUUUCUGAGGAACAGCAGUACCCAUGACAACAGUGGUCACCAGGACAACCUCCAAAAUGGCUUCUCCACCUGCCUGCAAAGAGCAUCCGAAUUCCUUGAGACAACAGGACUGGCUACAAAUCAGAAGCUGAUGCUGUCAUCAAGACUGGACAUGGUUGCUGUCGGUCGCCAUCAUCAUCAUCAUCUGAAAUCUGACGUCCAAGUUCCCCUCUGUCCCCCCACCGUCUCCAAGCAACAAAGCUCAUCCGCUUUGAAAGCUGUGGUGUGGGGUCACAGGUCAGCCUGCCAGAUCCCGCCUCAGAAAGCUGACAUUAGUGGGCACAUCUACGCCGACGUCAACGCCAGCAUCAGCAGAAGUUCUCUUGGGCCUCUUUCUUCCCCCUCUUGCGGACGUCAGCUUCCAACAGACUCUCAUGUCCAGCACUCUGCACAAGCCUCCAGCCCCAUCACGGCAGGCUCAACACACAUUGGAGAGGGAGGCUGUCACCCCCGGCAACCCCCGCCACCAACCCAGCCCAUGUGGAGGCCCUGGCCUUGAGCUGUCAAUCAUGCCUGCAGCUUGGCAACCACUCUUCUCUAACUGAUGGACAUAUGGAAGAGAGUGAGACGUGAUGCUCAGAUUUGAUCUAUACAUUCCAUGGCAUGCUAACUUGGCAAGUCAUAAAGUGGACCAAAUUAUGUGUGUAAAUAUAUGUAUAAUUCACAUUGCAUGUAUAUAUAUGUUCUGAAUUUGAUGACUUAUAGGACAUUUGUUUACAAAUAUUAUGACAGCAUUUUGCACAUCGUUGGGAAAAAGGCUGCAAGUUUUUAAAGGUUCAGCCCACAGCCAAAGGGUUUCUGAUUUGACUGCCCCAAGCAGACUGCCUUACACAGAAACAUUAAUGAUACUUCAGCCUGUUAGCUGGAUAACAGUGUUGGCUUUAUUUUUUUAGAUAAUUUAUUAUACAGACGUAUUUUGCACAUUUGACUAUUUAUUGUUGAUUUUUGUCAGUUGUUUUUCAAAGAAAAUAGAAAUUAUUUUGUAUAUUUUGAUAACGGCAAAAUAAAUACAUAGAAAACCAA